UGUACAUCACAUUUUCAUGUUUCUGAUGUAUAUCUUCUUCUUGAUAACGUCAUCUAAGUACCUGAGUGUGCGGUGCGUUGGACACGUGAUAUCGAAUUAAUCGUAUUUCCCUUUGGUUUGAUUUUUCGAGUCUCGGCAUAGUUGGCUCAAAAUUACAUUAGAAAAAAUGGCAAAGAGAAUACAACCAGCCUGGCAUCUGCCAGAUAGGAAAGACGCCACAGUCUUGCGAUUAUACAACAGUUUGACCCGAGAAAAAGAAGUGUUUGUUCCACAGUUUGGAAAUCGUGUUCUGUGGUAUAGUUGUGGACCUACUGUUUAUGAUGCGUCACAUAUGGGCCAUGCAAGGUCAUAUAUAUCUUUCGAUAUCCUACGUCGUGUAUUAUCAGAUUAUUUUGGAUAUGAUGUUUUGUACGUAAUGAAUAUUACUGAUAUAGAUGAUAAGAUUAUAAAAAGAGCAAGGCAGAAUUAUUUAUAUGAAAAAUAUAUAGAAGAAAAUCAUGGCCUUAAUAAUAUACUGGAUGAUGUUAGGAAAGUUAUGUCUAAUUUUGAAAAUAUUGUGAAGACUAGCAGCGAUGAUAAGAAGUGCAUGUUAGAAAAGAUGUUACAUAAAGUAACAGAAGCUAUAGAAGAUCUGCAGAAAGCAGUAAAAGAGAAGGAUGAAAAAAAAAUUGCAGAAUUCCAAAAGGCAUUAUUGACAGAGGCUAGAGAUCCUUUAGCUAAUUGGCUGGAUGGAACAAAAGGUAGCACCGUUACAGAACAUUCUAUAUUUAAUAAAUUGUCGCAACAUUGGGAGACUGAAUUUCAUAAAGAUAUGGAUGCAUUAAAUGUAUUAAAGCCGAAUGUACUUACAAGAGUUAGUGAAUAUAUUCCCGAAAUAAUAACAUUUGUACAACAAAUAAUAGAUAAUGGACUCGCUUACGAAAGUAAUGGAUCUGUAUACUUUGACGUUAGCAAAUUUGAUAAACAAGAGAAACAUUUUUAUGCUAAACUUGUACCAGAAGCAUAUGGUGAUACAUCAAGCUUAGAAGAAGGAGAAGGCGACUUGAGUACUACAGUAGAUAAACUUUCCGAGAAGAGAUCGAUAACAGAUUUCGCCCUCUGGAAAAGUUCAAAAGCAGGGGAACCCUGGUGGGAUAGUCCUUGGGGCAAAGGACGUCCAGGAUGGCAUAUUGAAUGUUCAGUCAUGGCAUCUACGAUUUGUGGAGAAAGUUUAGAUAUUCAUACAGGUGGAGUGGAUCUUAAAUUCCCCCAUCAUGAUAACGAACUUGCACAAGCAGAAGCGUACUUUGAUAAUUCGCAUUGGGUUAGAUAUUUUCUGCAUUCUGGCCACUUGACUAUAGCCGGCUGCAAAAUGUCGAAGUCGUUAAAGAACUUCGUAACGAUACAAGACGCAUUAAAGAAACAUUCGAGCAGACAACUCAGACUUGCCUUUCUUUUGCAUUCUUGGAAAGAUACUUUAGAUUAUAGCGAUAGUACUAUGAAUAUGGCUGUACAAUAUGAAAAAUUUCUUAAUGAAUUCUUUUUAAAUGUAAAAUGUAGAAUUAGAAGUUUAGGAACAAAUACUACAAUCAACAACUUUACUAAAUGGUCUAAUCUCGAAGUGGAACUCAAUAAAAAAUUUCAUCUUGCAAAGCAUUCUAUACAUAAAGCAUUAUGUGAUAACAUCGAUACAAGAACUGUGCUUGAUUUAAUACGAGAACUUGUAACAAAUUGCAACGUGUACGUGUACAUGAAUCCAAAUAAAAAUCCAAAUACGCUUCUUCUUAGAGACAUUGCCGUAUAUAUUACGAAAAUGUUUAUCAUUUUUGGAGCUAUUCCUUCGUCGUACGACUCAGUCGGAUUUCCCAUUGAUGAAGAAACAGUCGGUACAAAUAUUGAAGAGAUUGUCAUGCCACAUCUUGAAAUUUUGGCAAAUUUCCGGGAGAAUGUUAGAAAUUGCGCAAAAACCUUGAAAGCAAAUGAUAUUUUGCAAGAGUGCGAUCGGUUACGUGAUGAUAUUUUACCGAACGUUGGUGUGCGACUAGAAGACAGUAACGAAGGAGUAUCGAAAGUGAAAUUAGUUAAUAGGGAAGAGUUGUUGAAAGAAAAAGAAAUUAAGAAAAAACUAGAAUUUGAGAAAACUUUAGAAAAAGAAAAGAGAAAGGCAGAGGCUGCUGCUGCUGCUGCAGCAAAAGAAGCGCAGAAAAGAAUAUCGCCCAAAGAUAUGUUUAGAUUGGAAAAAGAUAAAUAUUCGCAAUUCGACGAUAAGGGUUUGCCGACACACGAUAUCGAAGGAAAAGAAAUUAGCAAAGGCUUACUUAAAAAGCUGCAAAAGUUACAGCAGGCACAGGAAAAGAAAUAUAAUGAAUAUUUAGCUUCUAUUCAAAAUGGUUGUUUGUAAGAUCUUAUUUUACAAACUUAUCCGUAAAGAACUGUCUCGAUUUAUUUAUAAGAUUAUACUGGAUUAUCAUGAUAGUUUUAUACUUCAACAGCUGUAUCAAUGCUUUACGAGAAAAUAAUAAUUCUGUUAUUAUAAAGUA